AUGUUCCACACGUUCAAUCUGGCCGCGCCCGCGCAACACGGUCUUGAUCAACGUACUUCAAACUCGGUGUCGCCCUCCAGGAAACGUCAGAAAGUAUCGCGAGCAUGCGAUAGAUGUCGUACCUUCCGCACCAAGUGCGGGGAGAAGCCGUGCUCGCGCUGUGUUGAGGAUAAAGUCAGAUGCAUGUGGACCUCCAGUCCAACCGCCAAGCAAACUUCUAAGACCCUCGUCUCAACCGGAGAACGCCACCUCAAGCCCCAUCCCAGGGACCAUGUGCAACCCGAUGACUUUGCGCCGAAGCCGGAAAUCCUGGCACCGGAGAACAUCGUGAGCAGUGUGGAUGGCAGCCAGCACUCAAUGCCCUUAGCCUCAAACCCUGCCAGUCGUGCCACCGAUAUACCUAUUCCUAAUAAUGGCCACACGAAGCUGGAUGAGCACAUAGAGUUGCUCAACCGUCCAGUGUAUGUUUUUGCCAAACUCGAUGCCUUCUUUGCCGAUUCCAGGACCACGUCGCGCACCGCCAGCAACGGAGCAAUUUCGGAUCUCAAAAAUGUCUAUCCCGGUCCGUUCCCUACCUUGCCACAUAUCGCAACGUCAGCGGACAGCCAACCUCCUUGCAAUGAGCACUUGACCGAGGACCAACAAAAAUAUUUCCUGAGAUUAUUUUGGGAAGCCUACCAUCCACUCCUCCAAGCUUCAGAUGAAGUGGAAUUCCAAUCGCUGUUGGAUCUGGACCGGCGACAAACUCCGGAGGUUGGGAAAUUAACUAAAGCUUUGGCAAAUUGCAUGACGGCGUUAGGAAUUCAAUACGGUCAUGGGGCCGGCCUUACUUCCCGCAUCCUGAGUUUGCGCCAUUGUGCUGUCAACAUCUCAUGGAUAGGGUACGAGUAUUUCCGCCGCUGUCGCGAUUAUAUCGCUCUUCUGACAGAGCCCACACUUCUAUCAAUGCAAUGUUACGCUCUGAUGUCUUUGUAUCUCAUGAAUGCAAGCCAUUUCAGGGAGGCCUACUGCCUGUUGGGCACCGCCAUUCGCGACAGUCAUAGUGUCAAUCUCCAUGAGGAGCCCAGUGAGAGACUUCAGCCACGAGAGAGAAUAGCCCAGAGAAAGAUCUGGUGGUUACUCUUCAUGCUCGAUAUCAAAUGUUCCCAGCAGCUUGGGAAGCCAGUCGCUGUACAGACCGCUACUAUAACAUGCGCUUUGCCGUCAGCUGAUGAACUAACUACGAUGCCAGGAAAUACGAGGGUGUGCUGGAAGAAUUUGCAUGUGUCAACCUAUUUUGUUCAUGCAGUGAAGCUGGCAGUGUCUCUUGCCGAGAUUCAUCGAAUGGUUUCCACGUCGAAACUAUACGAGGAUGCCAGCAACGUCACGGUGCUAGAGCAGCGAGCGAACUUGCUGGCCACGUCGCUUGCUUGCCUAGAGAAAUGGAGCAAUGAACUACCGGACGACCUCCUUAAUCCCCGGAAGAACACGGGCUACACGGAAUCUAUGUCCACGGCAGAGAGUCCGAUAGUGUUAGAGCUAGGAGCCCCCAGCUGGCUCCACCACCAACGGGUUCUACUUGAAGUAUACUAUCAUAAUGCAUAUAUCAUGCUCCAGCGGCCAUUCAUCUGUUUCCCACAACCCUCCAACUCCUCUCAUGUCCAACAGCCGCAAACAGACCAACAUGCUUGCAGCUCGAUCCAGCAUGCCAUCACCAUGAUAAUUAUCGUACACGACCUCUGCUCCUCUUCCGACAUUUUCUUUGGCUGGCCUGAAAUUCUACCCCCGUUGUGGAAUGCCACGGUGACCAUUCUUGGAUUCGUUAUAGCCAAUCCACUCUCUCCACAAUCACAAAGGGCAGUACAGUGGAUCUUCAAAGCCUUGGCUGUCUUUGAAGCCUUCGCAGCAACCGAACCUUUCGCUGCUCGAGCUGAGAAUAUCACAAAAUCACAUGUCGCUAAAAUUAACGGCAUAUUGACCAACCUGGACGAAAAGCCAGAGCUGACCAAUCACGGCAGAAUCACCCCGGGCUUGACAUUGCAGGAAUCACCCGAUAUGGCCUCAACUGCGCCAUCCCUUAGCCCGGCGGAUAUGUUGACGGGCUCUCUCGCAGGAGGAGAUUUGGAUCACACAUUUGAUACUACGCUUUUUACGGACGACAGCCUUUGCUCAUCCAUUGGAGAAGUGCAAAUUAACACGUGGGCAGCUUAUCAAGAUCAUCUUGACAUAUGGAGUGGCACCCACUCAGAUGGAGCUCUUGACGCAAUGCAUGUACUGGAUUAG